AUGAAUAUCAAAUUUCGCAUAUACAUGCUGCUUUUCAAAUCAGAAUCACUGACCGUCCUCUUCUAUCUUUCCUUAAACAGUUAAACCUCACUUCCUUCCCCCCUCGAAUCCCAAUCCGACACAAAUUCAACCUCUCUUCUCUGUGGUUUCAUAGUCCGUUCCUUCCAUUUUUUCGCCAAUCAACAAUUCCUUAACUCCAUCUUCUUCAGUUUUGGCACUGGCAUCUCCUGUUCCUCCCAGAAUCCCAGUAUGAAUAUUUUCCCUCACAAGAAAAAAAUCGAUACCUUCAGCUGCAAUUAAAACUCAGGCUUUGGUGUAUUCUGUUUUGUAAUUUGUUGUCUAUCUUAAAUUAUCACCAUGAUUCUCCACAACUCAUUUUUCCUAUUCAUCCUUAUCAUGUUUUUGUUGUAUAUAACUCGUGUGGCUUUGUUUAAAACUGGAUUGAUGUACACCGUAAAGAAAUGCUGGAGAAUCAUUGAAGAUAGUUUUUAUGUCUACCAGUGCUUCAGAGUCCCAGAACUCUAUGAAGACAUGCUGGAGAAUCCGCUUUACAGGAAGGUCUCUCUUUAUCUGCAUUCUCUACCUUCCCUUGAAGACUCUGAUUUUACCAAUUUGAUCACCCGGAAGAAGAACAAUGAUAUCGUUCUCUGCCUUGACCCCAAACAAACCAUCGAGGACGAUUUUCUCGGAGCCAGAGUUUUCUGGCUCAAUGAAGGAGACGAAAAGUCCGUGUCAAGCCGUAACAGAGCGUUCAUCCUGAAGAUUAGGAAGGCCGACAAACGCCGAAUUCUCCGUCCUUAUCUUCAGCACAUCCACACCAUCGCUGACGAAAUCGAGCAACAGGAAAAACGUGAUUUGAGGCUGUUUAUGAUCACGGACCCUAUUGGCGGCGGGAAAGGACGGUGGAGAUCCGUCCCGUUCACGCACCCCUCAACUUUCGACACCAUUGCCAUGGAAUGCGACCUCAAGAACAGGGUGAAAUCCGACCUCGAAUCGUUCCUGAAGGCGAAGCAGUACUACAACCGACUCGGUCGCGUAUGGAAGCGUAGCUUCCUCCUGUACGGCCCUUCUGGCACCGGAAAAUCGAGCUUUGUCGCCGCAAUGGCCAAUUUUCUCUGCUACGACGUAUAUGACAUGGAUCUCUCGAAAGUCCCAAGCGAUUCAGACCUGAAAUCCAUGCUGCUCCAGACGACCGCGAAAUCAAUCAUCGUCGUGGAAGACCUCGAUCGUUUCCUUAUCGAGAAAUCAAAGGCGGUGAGCUUAUCGGGGAUUCUGAACUUCAUGGACGGGAUUUUGAGCUCGUGCUGUGCCGAGGAGAUGGUCAUGGUAUUCACGAUGAACAGCAAAGAGCACGUGGAUCCGGAUAUGCUCCGUCCGGGUCGGGUCGAUGUCCACAUCCAGUUUUGCCUGUGUGAUUUCCUGGCGUUUAAGACACUAGCAAGCAGCUAUUUGGGGUUGAAGGAACACAAGCUAUUCCCUCAAGUGGAGGAGAUGUUUCAGAAGGGAGCGAGUCUGAGCGCGGCGGAAAUUGGCGAGUUGAUGAUCGCGAAUCGCAACUCGCCGAGUCGGGCAAUUAAAUCGGUCAUCGGUGCCUUGCGGACGGACGGCGAUGGGAGAGGGCGCGGCGGGAAGAUAGGACGGCAGUUAGUGGACCGCAGCGUGGACGUAAUGGACGAACCAGAUGGCGUGCUGUGCGGUGAUGGUUUCCAUACGGUUAAGGAUUUGCGAAAACUGUACGGUUUCUUUAGAUCAAAGAACCACAAAAAAUCUCAGCCGUUAUUGCUAAGGCGAUGAUGAUGGAUGGGAUAUAUUAAUUGGCGGACCGACGUCAGUUACCUUUAGGAUUUGAAGCAUGAGCUGGUUGGGGAAUUGUGGGGUUAGUGUAAUUAUGGAGGAAUUAGGAAAGCAAAGGCAAAGAAGGCGAUUUCUUUUAUUAUUAAAUUACAUUUAUUGGUUGGAUAUAAAUUGAUCCUCCAUUGUAUGUUUUGUUAAAGGCACAAUAAAUCAUAAUUCAUGCU